CCUUCAAUUUGGGGAAACGAAAAGGAAGAGUAAUCUUUCCAGCAAUGUCUUCUUCACCGCCUUCAAAGCGAAGACGAAAAGGGCAAACCGUGGACGGAGAAUCACCGUCAAAAUCAGCGUUGACCCAAGAAAAAUCAUCCCCUGUGGUAGUCUUUGCACAUGGCGCUGGUGCUCCUUCCUCUUCUGAUUGGAUGAUCAAAUGGAAAGAAAUGUUGAAGAAGGCGUUGAAUGCUGUUGAAGUUGUGACAUUUGAUUACCCUUAUAUGUCUGGGGGAAGAAGAAAGGCUCCAGCCAAGGCAGAAAAAUUGGUGGAUUUCCACUCAGGUGUUGUUAAGGAUGCAGUUUCCAAAUAUACUGGGCAUCCUCUGAUUUUGGCUGGCAAAUCAAUGGGUUCAAGAGUGAGCUGCAUGGUGGCUGCCCAGGAAGACAUUGAUGCAUCAUUAAUUGUUUGCCUAAGAUACCCGCUUAAGGGGAUGAAUGGAGCAGUAAGAGAUGAAACUUUACUUCAACUUAAAGUUCCUGUGAUGGUUGUGCAGGUACUCUUCUCACCUUAAUACAUGGUUCUUUACAUGAAUGAUGUGGUUGUCUUCAUAUUUUCGUCUUAUGGUUGU